CGGGGCUCGGCCCGAGCUCGGGAGGGGCCGCGCUCGUGCUGACGGAAGUGGCAGGCCGUGUGGCUCUCUCCUGUGCCCGCCGCGUCCGACGGCGCUCGCUGCCCUGUCUGAUGGGGAAACUGAGGCACAGAGCUGGACAGUGACUCAGACACCAGGAGCUGCCCAGCGUGGAGCUGAGUGCUCAGGUCUGGACUCAGCUGGCCCAGAGUACAAGUCACUUCCUGGCUGUCUGACCUUGGCACCAGGCACUAGACAGAAGCCUGCGGGGGUCUCCACAGAGGCCAUCGGGAUGUCGUAUUUUGGGGAGCAUUUUUGGGGCGAGAAGAACCAUGGCUUUGACGUCUUGUACCAAAGCAUGAAGCAGGGACCCGUCUCCACCAAGGAGCUGGCCGACUUCAUCCGGGAGAGGGCCACCAUCGAGGAGACCUACUCGAAGGCGAUGGCAAAGCUUUCCAAGCUGGCCAGCAACGGGACCCCCAUGGGGACUUUCGCCCCGCUCUGGGAGGUCUUCCGUGUCUCCUCGGACAAGCUGGCGCUCUGCCAUCUGGAGCUGACGCGGAAGCUGCAGGACCUCAUCAAGGACGUGCUCCGAUACGGGGAGGAACAGCUCAAGGCUCACAAGAAGUGCAAGGAGGAAGCCGUGGGCACGCUGGACGCCGUGCAGGUCCUCGCGGGCGUCAGCCAGCUCCUGCCCAAGUCCCGCGAGAACUACCUGAACCGCUGCAUGGACCAGGAGCGGCUGCGGAGGGAGAGCACCAACCAGAAGGAGAUGGACAAGGCCGAGACCAAGACCAAGAAGGCGGCGGAGAGCCUGCGGCGCUCGGUGGAAAAGUACAAUUCGGCCCGCGCCGACUUUGAGCAGAAGAUGCUGGACUCGGCUCUGCGCUUCCAAGCCCUGGAGGAGACGCACCUGCGGCACAUGAAGGCGCUGCUGGGCUCCUACGCCCACUCGGUGGAGAACACCCACGUGCAGAUCGGGCAGGUGCACGAGGAGUUUAAGCAGAACAUAGAGAACGUCAGCGUGGAGAUGCUGCUGCGCAAGUUCGCGGAGAGCAAGGGCACGGGCCGCGAGAAGCCUGGCCCCCUGGACUUCGAGGCGUACAGCACAGCAGCCCUGCAGGAAGCUAUGAAGCGGCUGCGGGCCGCCAAGGCCUUUCGCCUCCCGGGACUGAGCCGGCGCGAGCGGGAGCCACCUGCAGCUGCAGACGCCCUGGAGCCCGGGUCAGGGACGUGUGCAGAGGUGGACGAAGAAGGUUUCACUGUCCGGCCUGAUGUGACCCAGAACAGCACAGCCGAGCCCUCCCGCUGCUCGUCCAGCGACUCCGACUUCGACGACGACGAGCCCCGCAAGUUCUACGUGCACAUCAAGCCGGUCCCGGCCCGGGCGCCGGCCUGCAGCCCCGAGGCGGCCACCGCGCAGCUCCGGGCCACGGCGGGCAGCCUCAUCCUCCCUCCCGGCCCAGGGGUGAGGCGGGCAAGGGGCGCUCCAGGUAGGGCUGGGCGGGGUGGACGCGCCGGCCUGAUGCCCCCUCUUUGUCCACAGGGCACCAUGAAACGCCACUCCUCACGUGACGCUGCUGGGAAACCACAGAGGCCUCGAUCCGCCCCGAGGACUGGCAGCUGUGCAGAGAAGCUGCAGUCGGACGAGCAAGUUUCCAAGAACCUCUUUGGGCCGCCCCUAGAGGCGGCCUUUGACCACGAAGAUUUUACAGGUGAAGGAGGCUCCAGCAGCCUCGGCUUCACCUCCAGCCCCUCGCCUUUCUCGUCCUCGUCGCCCGAGAACGUGGAGGACUCCGGCCUGGACUCGCCGUCCCACGCGGCGCCCGGCCCCUCCCCGGAUUCCUGGGCCCCCUGCCCGGGCACCCCGCAGAGCCCUGCUGGCUGUAGGGCACCGCCCCCGGAGUCGAGGGGGACACGGACCGUGCAACCGUCGGACUCGCCCCAGCCCCUCGCGCCAUCCCCGGGCCCCUGGGGGCUGGAGGCUGUGGCCGGAGGAGACCUGAUGCCUGCGCCUGGCGAGCUCACAGCCAGGGACGGCCUGGCAGCGCCACCCCGGAGAGCCCGCUCCAGGAAGGUGUCCUGCCCCCUCGCGCGCAGCAGCGGGGACCUGUCUCGGUCCCUCAGCCCCUCGCCACUGGGCUCCUCGGCCCCCAGCACAGUUCCAGAACGGCCCAGCUUCUCCUCCCAGACAGGCCACGGAGUCUCCCGGGGCCCAAGCCCUGUGGUCCUGGGCUCCCAGGAUGCCCUGCCCGUGGCCACUGCCUUCACCGAGUAUGUCCACGCCUACUUCCGGGGCCACAGCCCCAGCUGCCUGGCUCGGGUAACUGGGGAGCUGACCAUGACCUUCCCUGCCGGCAUCGUGCGUGUGUUCAGUGGGACCCCACCCCCGCCGGUCCUCAGCUUCCGCCUCGUGCACACGACCCGCAUUGAGCACUUCCAGCCCAAUGCUGAACUGCUCUUCAGUGACCCCUCCCAGAGCGACCCUGAGACCAAAGACUUCUGGCUCAACAUGGCGGCUCUGACGGACGCCCUGCAGCGCCAGGCAGAGCAGAACCCGGCUGCCUCCUACUACAAUGUGGUGCUCCUACGAUACCAGUUCUCGCGCCCGGGGCCGCAGGCCGUGCCCCUGCAGCUGAGCGCGCACUGGCAGUGCGGGGCGGCCCUCACUCAGGUCUCGGUGGAGUACAGCUACCGGCCUGGGGCCACGGCCGUGCCCACGCCGCUCACCAACGUCCAGAUCCUGCUGCCUGUGGGGGAGCCGGUGACCAACGUGCGCCUGCAGCCGGCCGCCACUUGGAACCUGGAGGAGAAGCGACUCCUAUGGAAGCUUCCAGAUGUGUCCGAGGCAGGGGGCUCCGGCUGCCUGUCUGCCAGCUGGGAGCCGUGCUCGGGGCCCAGCACACCCAGCCCCGUGGCCGCUCAGUUCACCAGUGAGGGGGCCACUCUGUCGGGCGUGGACCUGGAGCUGGUGGGCAGCGGCUACCGCAUGUCGCUAGUAAAGAGGAGGUUCGCCACAGGGAUGUACCUGGUGAGCUGCUGAGCCCACAGAGGCCCUGGCGGCUGCUCUGCGCUGUGUCCUGGUGCUCGCCCACAGCUCCCUGCCCUCCGCGGACCCUGGGGCCCCUGACUCCGCCGACGCCCCGCCUCCCUGGAGAGGCGCCCGCGGCCAGCCUGGCUGGGCCUGAGAUUCACUCCUGCUCACGCCAGCGCCCACACAGGUCCUUGGACUUUUAUGUUCUUUGAAUAAACACUUUAUUUUCUAAUAAAAUA